CGCUGCUAAAAAAAUUUAGUACAUUUUCGUGAAUUUUGUCGAAUGCAAUUGAUUUCAAUAACAACAGAGAAUUAUCUUGCAAAAUGACCUUAUCUAUGCGAUAAUCGGUGUAAAAAGUGUCGCACGGUGUGUGCAAAAGUGCAUUGAACAUUUAUUUGGUGGAAUAAUUGUAGAAAGCAUAGGGUUUUAUUGAUUUUUUGUCUGUGGUCCAUUGAACUACAUGAAAAAAACUUUUGCUAGAAAACCAUCAUGAAUGAAAAUGGCUGACAUUCUGCCGCUUUUUCGUGUCGCCAAUUAAACGCAAAUAUAUUUAGUGUUAUUGCACAAGUGAUUGAAAUUUAUAGAUAAGCUAGUGCACGAAGCUGAUAGGAAUAUUUAUUGACUAAGCAAGUGUAAAUAAGAUUCUAUUUGGACUUAGAAAAAUGUCAGAUAGUGAUAGUGACUUUGAAUGUCCAAUUGGUAAGCGGGAAGUGAGGAGAAGUUCGCGGGUGCUCAGGAGUAGAAGGAAUCGGAAUGAAUGCCAACAACCUUCGAGGCUUCUUCGUUCCCGGAUGAUUGUUCAGGGGAAUGCUGCUGCCGGGACAUCAGCGGAAGAUGAGGAAAUUGAGCAUGAGAGUGAUAGUGCAUGUGAAUCUGGGGCAGGUGAUCCAUGUAAUGGGAGGAUAGGGCAACCUGGGGAUGAGGUUGAUGAAAGUUCCUGCGACAGCAAUGGAAGUGGUGAAAAGUGCACGAUAUGCCUGUCAACAUUGAGAGAGCAGGAAGUAGGAAUUCCCAAUUCAUGCACCCACAUGUACUGUGGCAAGUGCAUUGAGGAGUGGUCAAAGGAUGUUAGAACAUGCCCAAUAGAUCGUUUACCAUUUACCCAUAUUAGUUUCAUUGAGAACAUUCAGACCUUUACAAUGAGCAGGCAACUGUCACUGCUAGACGAUGACAAUCCCGAUGAUAGUGCUGAGAAUGUGGUGCAGGAGGAAGAGGUGGAAGAGACAACAGAGAGUGAUUCGGAGAAUGAAAUUCCACUUGCCCAGAGAAUUUUCCGACGACGAAAGGUGAAUACGGCAAUUUUGGAUGAGGAUUCCAAUCAAAGUACAUCAAGUGGUGAAAAAUGUACAAUUUGCUAUUCGACACUCAAAGAUCAAGAAAUUGGAAUUCCUGAUUCUUGUGCACACAAAUACUGUGGUGGAUGCAUUGAGGAGUGGUCAAAGACAGUGAGAACCUGUCCAAUAGAUCGAUUGACCUUCUCAAAAAUCACCAUUGUGGAGAAUAUCAGGUCUCCCAGGGUCAUUAGGGAGAUUUCGGUGGCAGAUAAGCCCGAAGUGAUGGCUGAACCUGAUGAAGAGGGAUAUGUUGACAUCAAUGAUGACAUCUACUGUCAACUGUGCAAUCAUUCUGGGCAUGCAGAAAUGUUGCUCCUUUGCGACAGUUGCAACGAUGGCUAUCACAUGAGUUGCCUCGAUCCGCCACUGACUAGAGUGCCCGAGGGCCAUUGGUUCUGCCUCAUCUGCAGAAGUUGCACAGAUAUCGAGACACUCUUCCAGACUCGUCGACCACGUCGGAAUCGAAGAUCAUCUGCUCAGACACGGCGUAGGACUUCGAGCAAUAGAAGUCGCAGAACCUGUCGGAUUCCCAUUAGGUCUCUCAUGUCGACUUCCGAGCAGGGAACUGCAGGGAGUGCAAAUGUUGUUGAAGAUGAAACUCACUGGGGUGGACCGAGUUUGUGGGAGAGGCAUCGUGCAGAAGUUCCGAGUUUGUCACUGUUCGGCAUGAGAAAUCAAUUGGAUUACUUUGUGAGUGACGAUGAGAGUGACAAUGAGCAUCAUGCAGCGAGAAGUAGUGAAUCCGUGGGAUUACUAGUGGCACCAAGUCGUUCCCGUACAUCCACAGUGUCCUCCCUGCAGAAUCGCAAAGGGAUCCUUCAUAGUAUUUUGACGCCACGCGAUGAACCAUCGUCAGCGUCUGUUGAUGUCCUGUCCAAUAUACUCAAUGCUCAAGAGAUGUGGCACAAUUUGAGUCGUCGCAAUAACACAAAAAAUGUCCGAAUCACUCCGGAUGGAAAUUUAGAUUUCAGUGAGGUUGUAAAGUCUGACAAACCGUCAGGUGAAACGGAGAAGAAAAAGGAUCCGCCACCAGAGACACAACAAGCUCCCAUGUAUCCACGUGGUGGUAGAAAUUCCGGUGGUGGUGGCUACUACAACAAUCGCCAAGGUGGAAAUCGUGGUGGUGGAAAUUUUCGCAAUAAUUCCAAUUACAGUGGGAAUUAUCAGGGAAACUAUCAAAAUUCAAAUUACAAUCAAUUCAAUCGUGGAAAUCAAUCAAAUUUUGGCAACUAUCAAGGAUCCAAUUCAGGUGGUGGCGGUGGUCGGGGCAGAGAGAAUUUUUCCAAUACCUUCCAGCCAUUUCAGUUGUUUCGUAACAAUAAUAACAACAACAAUAAUAAUAAUCAAAAUCAAAAUUCCCGUGGGCGUCAGCAAUUUCCACCAAGAGGACGAGGACAACAGAUGUUUACACCAUCACCGAAUAGGUUCAACCAAAGGAAUCAGAAUAGAGACAAUUAUGAUGAUUUUAGCAAUAAUAUUGUGUGCACCAACAGAUCUAUGAGUGACAAUGGCAUGAACCUAUCGGGCAUGAGUGAAGUGAACAGAAUUGAAAGUGACCAACGCAGGAAUGUACUUAAUUUGGAGGUCAAUGCAGAAGGACAAGGCAGCAUCAAUUCGCUCACCAAUGUGGACAGUGACGAAGAAGUUGGCUCAGCUAUUGAAACCAUUCAAACCACAAAUACUAGACGAGAUAUAGAUUCUAACUAUCAACAGUAUACAGAUGAUUGCGAUGAUGCUCAUCAAAAUGAUGAGGAUAGACAAUUUGACGAUCAAAAUGAUGAUCAACAGUAUGAGAAUCAGGCGUGUAAUUUUAGAUAUCCCAAUGUGACACCACUUAUUCCUCCACCGCCCAUCCAACCACGUUUUGGGCCACGGAAUGACGAUGAUGAUGAUUGUCCGAAUUUCAGUGUUUACUCAGCUGAAGCCAUGAAAUUGGCCAAUAAUGUCAAUGAGCCACAAAAUGACAAUGACACAUCAUUGGUCAAUAAUCAGAUGUAUGAAGAGGCUGAGGAAGAUCUAGUACAACUCGAUGAUGAUGAUGAUGAGAAUCUAGAGAGGCAAAAUGAAUCAAUUAUUCCAGAGGGUGCUCAAGAAAUUUCCAGUAUAGAAAAUAAUUUGAGUACAUCUAAGGAAAAUGAUGCAGCUUCUGAAUUGGAAAAUAUUCCUAUUCCGAGUUUAGAGCAUAUACCAAUUCCGGGUGAAAAGCCACCUGAAGCGCCACCAGUUCGCAGGGAUAAGAAGGGUGUUUUGGAGUUGUAUGAUGAUAGUGACUGGGAAGAGUUGAAUUUAAUUAAAACAGACGAAGAUAGACCCGUUUUUGCUGAUCCUGUUGCAACUGAACCUGCCCCCAUUGAAAGUGAGAAACCAGCAGCUGAUGAGCCUGUGAAUAAUAAUGUUGAACCUGAUCCUAGAAGCUACACACCAUGCCUCGAUGAGAACAAUCAAAUGCCAGAAAAGGAGGAAGAUGAUGGUGAUACAAUUGAUAUUAGUGCUAAUCCCAUGGAUGCUGGCGGAAUUGGUGGGAUGGAUACGGAGUUGAUCUCUGAUGAAGAUUGUAUUCUCAAUAAUGGUAAUACUGUGGCUGAUAAAAUUGCAGAUGGUGAGAAAAAUGAUGAGGAUGCAGAUGGGAAGAAAGAUCCAAAGGACAAAGAGAAGAAGGGUGGAAAGUCUAAGGGUCAAAAAUCGAAGGAAUUUAAAAAGAUAAGUCGAAACAAUCGCGAUAGGAAUUACCGUGAUAGAGAGAGAGGAAGGGAUAGAAGUCGUUCGAGGUCGUAUUCCAAUGACAAGGAGAACAAUCGUAGGAGGAGUUUCUCAAAGAGGAAGGGAAAGAGGAAGGAUCUGGCGAGGUAUGAUGUACGCAAUGUGGUGGAAGAUCGGUGGCAACGUAGGGGAAGGAAGGAUCAAUAUGGACGAGAUACAUCGAGACAGAGAAGUUUGUCAUCAUCGUCACCAAAACGCUAUUCAUAUUCGAGAUCACCAUCGAGGAGACGAUCAAUGUCAUUUUCAUCACGUUCACCACGGCGAUCACUUUCGCGAGGACGACAGCCGUAUCGGGGUCGUCGGUCACUGUCUAGAAAUCGACGUAGCCGACGUUCAAAUUCACGAAGACGAUCAACAUCAAGGAGACGAUCACCUUUACGAAGGCGUUCAUUCUCCAGGAGGAGAUCUUUCUCACGAUCUCCGAUGCGACGUCGAAAGUCCUAUGAUCGCUCUGUAAGUCCGGUUAGGAGACACUCUCGAUCAAGAUCGCUGGAUAAUUCACGAGCUGUGAGAUUGAGUAGAUCAAGGUCAAGGUCAAGGUCAAGGUCACCAGCUCUUUCGGGCUCAUUCAACCAGAGACGCUCACGUUCUCAUCGGCUUUCACCGAGACGCUUAGAACACUCACUGAGUCGUGAGCGAGUGAAGCCAGCGAAACGCAAGAAAGGCGCAAAAGAUGGUCGACCAAAAGCCAAGAAGUCAAAGAAGAAGCACACAUCUACUGAGAAGCAUCCUUCUCCGGACACCAGAGCACCGAGAGAGGCACACAAGAGAAAAGGUGCCAAUGCAGAUGUUUCUGCUGCGGCAUCGAAGAAGUCAAAGAAGACUAGUAGCCCACGUUCACGAUCAAAAUCAUGGAAUGGAGACGAAAGCUGUGCUGCUUCAUUCUCCAUGAGUCCACCGCCAUGUGAGACUUUUGAAAAUGAACCAUCGUCUUGGACACCACCACUGAGGGAUGCUGAUGCAAUCAGAGAUGAUUUGGCGGUGCCUAUGCCGAAGGAGAUGUCAUCGAAGAGUCGUAAGAAGGAGAAGAAACGAAAGCAGGAUAAAAAACGUGGUGAUGGAUGGGAUAGACGUUCAAAGAGGGUCAGUGAGAAGCAACCGGCGGCAUCUAAGGAGGUUUUUGCAUCGGGUAAUAAUAUUUUGGUGAGUGUGAGUUUUAAUAAUGAUGAACCAGAGACAAUGCAACAGACAACAAUUGUUACACUCCCACCGACAAAGGAUGGUUUGAUAACGAAAAAACGGACAGAUAGGGCAGAUGGAGGUGGUUCGAGGAAAUCACGUAGAGACAAAUCGAAGAAUUCGAGUUCGAAGGGACGCAAAAAGAGGGUUGACUCAAAGCCUGUGGCUAUAAUUGAUCUCGAUCGUUCACCAUUUAAAGAAUUGACACCCUCGCCGAAAGCUGUGAUUGUGUUGAGUGAUAGCGAUGGUGGUGAUAAUGUGGAGAAGAAUCAGGCUGGUGGUACACCAAGGAUGAAUAUGCAUGUGGAUCUGGAUGAUGCAGAUUCAAGGACUGGCAGUGGUAUUGAGAGACGUGAUCAAGUGUCUCAGCCACAGUCACCAAAUACCGAAGUAGAUCAUUCCUUCAAUAUGCAAUCACUUGGUCCAAAGACACCACCAGAACCCGAACACAUCAAGUUUACGCUCAAAUCGAAGAAUAAGACAAAGAAUACACGACCCAAUGUUCUGGCUGAGGAAGAUGAGGAAGAGAUACCGAGUGAACCGGAAGAUAUUGAACAGCGAAACAAUAGUACGGAAAGUAUUAGUAAAAUUGGGCCAAAUACACCACCUGAACCAGCUCCAUGUUCCCCAGAUGCUUAUGAUCCAUUUGAACCGACAAAGUCUCCAUCACAAUCGAGAUCUCCCAUGCCAGAGGUGGAGAAUAGUGAGCCUGCUAGUCAGGAGAAGCACGAUAAGACAAAUCAGUCACAAGGAACAGAAGUUCCCGAUGCCACGGAAAAUACUGUCAAACAUCCAAGUACCACGGAAAAAGUGAUGAAUCCUGUGGAUUUGGUCAUGGCACUUAUGAAUUCAUCAGCAUCACAUGCAAAUGUGACAGCAGAAAAUCUCAAUACAUCUGCUGAGAGUCAGCAAAGUGCAAGAAUUUCGGCAUCUCCUCAGGAGAUGGCUGAAGAAGCAACAAAUAAAACAUCAAAUAGUGGAAUAACUAUUAUUAGCAAUGUUCUCAUUCAACCAUCAAAAUCAUCAACAACUUCCACACCAGCUGUAACAUCGUCAUCAAUGACCAGUAGUUUGCUCCUUAUGCCACAGAUUCAGACACAAACGGGCGAAAAGAGUCCAGCAAAAUUACCCAUAAUUACAUCAAGUGCAGGAGGAGUUAAGCAAUCCCCACUGAAAACCACUACAAUCUUCUCGAAGACAUCCUCCAGUCUCAUCUCGAAGCUACCACUACCGAAGGUUGGUGGCAAUUCAAAUCAAGCUGGUGGAAGGCACAAUGGUGAUCAGGAUGUCAUUGAAAUGGAUUCACCCUAUUCACCGGCAUCAAGUGACUUUGAUGGUCUCUUUGAUCCGCCACCUGAUCAACCAGCAAGUCGACAAACUCGAAGUGGUAAUAGCUCCAUCAAUACCAGUCAACAGAAGGUAUCCCCUACGAAGGGAGCCAAUAAAACUGGUACUGGAGAUAUCUUUGAUGCACUCUUUGGAUCAUCUUCUCCAUCCGGUGCAAAUACAACCAGUCGCAAUCAAACGAAGUCCAAACCGACAAAAUCCAUGAUGCGAAGCCAAUCAAAGAGAUCGGCUAUUAAAGGAAGCAAAGCAUCUACCCCUAUUGGUCUUGAUGAUUCUUCCAUGCGGAUUGUCGAUGAAGUUCCCGGUUCUGCUGUGGAGUUACAUGUAAAGGAUAAGUUCCUGAGGAAGCUAAACCGUCAGGAGCGUGUUGUAGAGGAAGUGAAAUUGGUGCUGAAGCCUCACUAUAAUAAGAAACAUAUAACCAAAGAUGAGUACAAGGAUAUACUGCGAAAAGCUGUUCCGAAGAUUUGUCACAGUCGCACAGGCGAGAUAAAUCCUCAGAAAAUUCAGACUCUCAUCGAGGCAUAUGUGAGGAAAUUCCGCAUUAAGAGAAAAUUAUCUGGUGGUCAAGCAGGUGGUUCUGGUGGAACUAAGUGAGUCCUUUAACUACAUAAACUGCAAAAUAACCGUUAAACCUUUGUGGGCGUAAAUACAACAAAAUUCUUCGUAUAUUGCUCGUAGUGAAAAAAAAAUUAAAAAUAAAAUAAAAUAAAGAUAAAAAGUGUUAAAAUAAUCAAGAUAUAAAAAAUAUUUAAUAUAGACUAAUCGGUUCUGUAUUUUUUUCAUGCAGUGUACUAGUGCAGCAUCCAAUAUGAGAUACAUAUUCAUAAAAAAAAUAUUCUCUAGAAUAGAAGGAGUUAAUUGCUAAUUUAUGAUAUUUGGCCAAUUAGUCCAUAAAAAAAAUAUUUAGUGUAUUUUCUGCAGUUGUAAAAUAAACAGAAAGCAUAGAUAA